CCGUCAGUAGGGCAGAGUCAGAGCCACUCAGAGGGAGCGUCACACACACCUUCUGGCGCAACAGCCUCAGUGUGAAACACAAGCAGGUCGGGAGUGAUGGGACAUUUCAGCUGGACUUCCCACGGAUGUUUGUGCUGUGGGUGUGUGUGGUUUGUGUGAAGUAGGGUGUGGCACAGUAGCUGUGUGGGACAGGUGGGUGAAGAAUAGGUGUGAGAGUUUGACGUAUGUAUAUAGAGAUAAAUAGGUGCACAGAUACGUGUGCUGGCACACAGGUGAGGAUGUACAGGCGUAGAUGAGAGUGUGUUGUAGGUAUAUGUGUCUAGGUGUGCAUACAGGCAUACAGGUGUGUGUGUAUAUACAGGUUUACAGGUGAUUGUGUAGGUGUCGAGGUGUGUAUGUAGGCGGGAGCGUCGUGCUGUGCAGUUGUCUAUGUAUAUAUAGGAAUAAAAGUGAGUGUAAAUAGGUGUACAGGUGUGCGUAUAUAUAAAUAAAUAAAUAUAUAUAUAUAUAUAUAUAGGCAUACAGGUGAGUGUGCUGUUGUACAGGUGAGUGUGUGUAGGGGUAUUUGAAGUGUACAGGUGUGAGUGUAGCUGUAAAGGCUAUGUGUGUACAGGUGUGAGUGUACAGGCGUGCUUGUGUGUGUGUGUGUGUGUGUGUGUGUGUGUGUGUGUGUGUGUACAGGUGUGUGUAUAUAUAUCAGUAUGGGGGGCUUUUGGGCUGCUGUGGUUCCGGUGCUGCAGAUGUUCUUCCUGUCUUUGCUGCUGCUCAUCAUGCUGCCCGCCAUGUUCGGCUUUUCACUGGGCAUCACAGAGACCUACAUGAAGAUCCUCAUCAAAACACUGAAGUGGGCAACACUGAGGAUUCAGAAGAGCAGCAAAGAGGAGGAGACCUUAAAGCAUUCUUCAUCUAACGGUCUGAUCCAGAGGGAUGACUCCUCACUGGAGAAGGAGAUUGGGGAGCGGCGGGGGAACCGGCGGGGGGACUUCGCUCUCAGCGACGUGUUUUAUUUCAGUAAGAAGGGCAUCGAGAGUAUAGUGGAGGACGAGGUCACUCAGAGGUUCAGCUCGGAGGAGCUAGUGUCCUGGAACCUGCUCACUCGAACCAACAACAACUUCCACUACAUCUCCCUCAGACUGACCAUCCUGUGGGGCGUAGGGGUCAUCGUCCGCUACGGCAUCCUACUGCCCCUCAGGGUCAGUCUGGCGGCUAUUGGGCUCAGUUGGCUGGUCAUUGGCACCACUGUGGUGGGAUUUAUCCCGAACUGCUGGUUAAAGGACUGGCUGAGUGAGCUGGUGCAUGUGAUGUGCUAUCGGAUCUGCGCCAGAGGCCUUUCAGCCACCAUCCACUACCAUAACAGAGAGAACAAACCAAAGAAAGGAGGAAUCUGUGUAGCCAAUCACACUUCGCCGAUCGAUGUGGUGAUCCUAGCCAAUGACGGCGGCUACGCCAUGGUGGGGCAGGUCCACGGCGGGCUGAUGGGCGUGGUCCAGCGGGCGAUGGUCCGAGCCUGCCCGCACAUCUGGUUUGAGAGGGCGGAGAUGAAAGAUCGCCACCUGGUGACACAGAGAUUGAGGGAUCAUGUAAACGACAAGAAGAAACUGCCCAUCCUCAUAUUCCCUGAGGGAACCUGCAUCAACAACACGUCCGUCAUGAUGUUCAAAAAGGGAAGUUUUGAAAUCGGAGGCACCAUUUAUCCCGUUGCUAUAAAGUAUGACCCUCAGUUUGGCGAUGCGUUCUGGAACAGUGCAAAGUAUAACAUGGUCAGUUAUCUGCUGAGGAUGAUGACCAGCUGGGCAAUCGUCUGCAACGUCUGGUAUCUGCCCCCCAUGACCCAAAAGGAAGGAGAAGAUGCAGUGCAGUUUGCCAACAGAGUGAAGUCUGCUAUCGCACAGCAGGGGGGACUGGUGGACCUCUCCUGGGAUGGUGGUCUAAAGAGAGCAAAGGUAAAGGACACUUUCAAACAGGAGCAGCAGAAGAAGUACAGCUGCAUGGUGGUCGGUGACGACAGCAGUGAAUGAACUGGAAAAUCCACCAAUCACAGACCUCCAAGAUAUCAAACCAACUAAUUGCAGACCUCCGAGACAUCAAACCCACCAAUCACAAACCUCAGAGACAUCAAACCAACCAAUCACUGACAUCAGAAACACUGAACCCUCCAACCUCUGAGACACCGAAUUCUCCUAUCUCAGAUCUCCAGGACAUCAAACCAAACAACCACAGCCUUCUGAGACACCAAACCCACCAAUCACAGACCUCUGAGACACCAAACCCUCCACAGGCCUCUGAGACACCAAACCCACCAAUCACAGACUUCUGAGACACCAAACCCACCACAGACCUCUGAGACACCAAACCCACCAAUCACAGACUUCUGAGACACCAAACCCACCAAUCACAGACCUCUGAGACACCAAACCCUCCACAGGCCUCUGAGACACCAAACCCACCAAUCACAGACCUCUGAGACACCAAACCCACCAAUCACAGACCUCUGAGACACCAAACCCACCACUGGCCUCUGAGACACCAAACCCACCAAUCACAGACUUCUGAGACACCAAACCCACCAAUCAUAGAUCUUUGAGACACCAAACCCACCAAUCACAGGCCUCUGAGACACCAAACCCACCAAUCACAGACCUCUGAGACACCAAACCCACCACAGGCCUCUGAGACACCAACCCACCAAUCACAGACUUAUGAGACACCAAACCCACCAAUCACAGAUCUUUGAGACACCAAACCCACCAAUCACAGACCUCUGAGACACCAAACCCACCACAGACCUCUGAGACACCAAACCCACCAAUCACAGACCUCUGAGACACCAAACCCACCAAUCACAGAUCUUUGAGACACUGAGCCCACCAAUCUUAGACCUCUGAAACAGUAAAUUCUCCAAUCACAGCCCUUUGAGACAUCAAAUCCUCCAAUCUCAGAGCUCCAGGACACCAAACCCACCAGUCACCACCCUCUGAGACACCAAACCCACCAAUCACAGACCUCUGAAGCACCACGCCCAUCAGUCUUAGACCUCUGAGACAGUAAAUUCUCCCAUCACAAACCUCAGAGAAAUCAAAUCUACCAAUCUCAGACCUCUGAUACACCAAAUUCUCCAACUCAGACUUCUGCGAAACCAAAGCCUCUGGAGACACAGACGUCUAACACAGAGGUGCUAAAGCCACCAAUUACUCUGUGGUGUUUUGUUGUGAAAGGUUUUACAGGCAUUCCUCAGCUCAGCUCUGCCGACAACCUAAAGACGUUCAUGUCAAUGCCUUCAGAAGAACGAGCUCUCUGAGCUGCACACAGCUCUCUGCCUUGAACAGGACAGGGUAAGAUGUGGUUCAUGAGGAAAGUAAACUAAAUUGGCAGUUAUAUGGCCAUUUUGCCAAUCGCUGAUGUUCUCAAUAUGUACUCAAGAAAGUGGAACUUGGCACUGUUUAUUUUUCUGAUGACAGAAGAAUCCACAUGUUCUUCACUUUAAAGUUUUAAAGUGCUGUUUAUUUUUCCUCAAUAAAUAAAUUCCUGACAAAUAAAA